AUGGCUGGAGAGGUACCNUUGGAGAUNUUGCAAAAUUUGCAGCAGCAAAUUCAGGAGAUGAGGGCGGAAAUCGCAACAAUGAGGGCGGAACAAGCGAACAGAGUAGGAGGUCAUUCUGACCGCUCUGUCAAUGUAGAGACAUAUCAUUCAGACACCGUGGAACAACCUCAUACCCAAGGUGAGGGACGACGAGAGAAUCAUAAUCCUGCGCCUAAUGAAGGAAUUGGAGGAGUUAGCGGACGAGGGGCAGGUAGAGGUGAUGGACGACCGGUAAGCAGGGCUGGGAGUAGAAGCGGAGGGCGAGGAAGAGGGCGGGGCAAUGACAGAGGCGAUCCUCAUCGCCGGGAGGAGAGACAACGAAACGAAGAGCGAAACCCUAUAAAUGGCGAUCAAGCUGAGGGAUUACACCCUUUCACGCCACGGGUAAUGCAGGAGAUCAUUCCAGAAAACAAAGUGCUGCCAUCAAUGGAGAGGUAUGGAGGUUCAUCUGACCCUGUUAAGCAUUUACGAUCCUUCGUGGAUGCCAUGGCGGUAUAUUCGUCUGACGAACUGGUAUGGUGUAGAGUUUUUUCCCUUUCAUUAAAGGAAGAAGCAUUAGACUGGUUCCAUUCCUUACAACCUGGAACCAUUGACAACUUCGUCGAACUGCGCCAGCUAUUUACUCAGCAGUAUGCCUCGAGUAAGACGCCCGGUGUGACUUACACAGCCCUAGUAAGAAUGAAGCAAGGACGAGAGGAGUCCCUCAAACUUUUUAUGGAUCGGUUCAACCGUACCGCCUGGCAGGUACGGAAUGCCGAUCAGCGACUGGUGGUGAGUGCCUUGACCACUGCAUUGCGGCCUGGUCCGUUUUGUGACUACCUCCAUGCAGAAGAGCCCCAAAGCAUGGACGAAUUACAAAAGAAAUUGGCCAGUUUUAUUCGUAUAGAAGAAGGACGAGCCCAUCAACGUGGGAGAGAAGAGGGGGAAUCAGUGCCCCGUCCGGCCAGAGUGAGGUCCGGACCACAGUCCGGUGAGAAUGACAGGAGAGGAGGCUACAGAGGCAAAGAACACAACCAAAUGCAGCAAUAUAUUCACCAUACUCCUUUGAAUGCACCACGAGCAAGAGUUCUGGAAGAGGCACUGAGGGCCGAUCUAUUAACAGUGGUACAAAUACCUACACCUAGAGGAGCUGACGAAAGCAAAUAUUGCCGAUAUCAUCAAAAUCGGGGCCACACAACUGAAGAUUGUCAUACAUUGAAGGACAAAUUGGAAUCUUUGGUUCAAGCAGGACAUCUUCAGAAGUUCGUCCACAGGGGAAGAGCGCCCACCAGACCCGAUUGGACCUCGUUGCAGCCAGAAUCCCGAAAAAGGGCCAGGCCGAGAGUUGAUCGGAGCAGAAGCAGAAGCGCUGACCGAACGGUCAGAGGAGUAAUCAAUACUAUAUCUGGGGGGUUUGCAGGAGGAGGAUUGACGUCAGCCGCCCGCAAAAGACACUUGAGAAACUUACACAGCUCCCACCGAACGGACACCUCAAAAAGAUCUAUGCCCACCAUCACUUUUUCUGAUGACGAUUUUCAUGCACCCGACUUGGAGCAAGAUGACCCGAUGGUGAUAACAGCAAUGAUCGCCAGGUACAGGGAUUCGCGGGAGAGAGUAGAUACAAAGGGGUAUGUUGAUCUGAGGACCAGCUUGGAAGCCGACAGGGAUGCUAAAGAGAUGAAGGUUCGGUUCUUGCUAGUAGAAGCCGACACGUCUUAUAACGUCUUAUUGGGAAGACCGUGCUUAAACAUGUUCGGGGCUAUCGUCUCGACCCCACACUUAACUUUGAAGUAUCCCACUGAUGAUGGAAAGGUUGCCACCGUUCGGGCCGAUCAGAAGAUGGCACACAAAUGUUACGCUGCAGGGUUGAAGGUCAAGCCCAGAAGUAUUACUUUCUCAGGCCACCGAUCAGAGGUCGCUAUGAUGGAAUUAGAUCCUCGAACGCAAUUUGACGAUCGGGUGGAACCCUUGGGGGAUACACGUCCUGUUGUUAUUGGACAGCAGGAGGAUCAAUGCACCACCAUAGGGCGCAAUUUUACCACCGAUCAAGUAACCUUAAUAGAAGAACUGUUGUUGAAAAACAGGGAUUUGUUUGCAUGGCAAGCAGCCGAUAUGCCAGGUAUUCAUCCUGACAUCAUAUCUCAUAAAUUGUCACUAUUCAAGGAUGCCCGACCAGUUGCCCAGAGGAAGCGGAGGUUAGGCAACGAGAAAAGAAGAGCGGUAGAGGAGGAAGUAACAAAGUUAUUGGAAGUUGGUUUCAUACGAGAAGUUAAGUAUACCACAUGGUUGUCGAAUGUGGUGAUGGUGAAGAAGCCGAGCGGCAAGUGGAGAAUGUGCACAAAUUUUACAGACCUUAAUAAGGCAUGCCCGAAAGACACGUAUCCCCUUCCAAGCAUUGAUAGCUUGGUGGACGGAGUUUCCGGAUACGAAAUCUUAAGUUUUUUAGAUGCUUAUUCGGGAUAUAAUCAAAUCCCCAUGUAUCAACCCGAUCAGGAUAAAACGGCUUUCAUAACGCAACGUUCCAAUUACUGUUAUGAGGUCAUGCCGUUCGGCCUAAAAAAUGCAGGAGCGACAUAUCAACGACUCAUGGAUAAGGUCUUUCAACAUCAGAUAGGAAGAUGCAUGGAAGUGUAUGUGGAUGACAUGGUAGUAAAAAGCCGAUCGGUGGAGGAACACUUGCGGGAUUUAGCCGAAGUCUUGGAUCAGGUGCGGAAGUUCGGGAUGAGGUUAAAUCCUCUCAAGUGUACAUUUGGAGUGUCUGCAGGAAAGUUUUUAGGUUUCAUGCUUACUUCACGAGGCAUCGAGGCCAAUCCUGAUAAGUGUCGGGCUAUUUUGGAGAUGAGAAGCCCAAGUAGUUUGAAGGAAGUACAACGGUUGGUCGGGAGACUUACAUCGCUAUCCCGAUUCAUACCCAAAUUAGCUGAUCGAAUUCAACCGAUUCUAAAGCUACUGAAGAAACAAAAACAAGUAGAGUGGANCGAUCGGUGUGAAGCGGCAUUUGACGAAGUCAAGCAAAUUCUCUCUAACCCUCCGGUUAUGAGAUGCCCGGAUUAUGGUUGUGACUUGCAUCUAUUCUUGGCGGUCGGUGAAGAAGCGGUCAGCGCCGCAUUAGUGCAAGAAGUUCCUGAGUUUCGCCCAGUUUAUUUCAUCAGUCGGGUACUGAAGGAACCUGAAACCAGAUAUCAGCAACUGGAGAAAAUAGUCUUAGCACUUGUGAUUGCCACUCGAAGACUCCGUCCCUACUUACAAGGAAACCAGGGCCAGCACUUGGCUGAUUUCGUGGCCGAGUUACCAGGACGAUCGUCCCAUUGUCANNCNUGGAUAUUAUACGUGGAUGGAUCGUCCGACCUUAAAGGAGGUGGAGCGGGUGUUGUAUUAGAAGGANCNGACGGUAUAGUUGUCGAACAGGCCUUGAUCUUUCGGUUUAAGGCCAGCAAUAACCAAGCUGAGUAUGAGGCCCUAAUAGCUGGCCUCGAGCUAGCACGUGAUUUGGGGGUUAAAGUGCUUUGUUGUAAAACGGAUUCACAGCUGGUAGCAGGUCACAUGAACGGAACCUUCCAAAUUAAAGAUGAUCAAUUACUCAAGUAUUUCCACAGAACCAAACAACUAUUCACACACUUUGACAGCAUCGAAGUAAAUCACAUUCCCAGAAGUGAAAAUCAAAGAGUCGACCAGUUGUCAAAAUUGUCCACUGGUAAGGAGAAAGGUCAUCUAUCUUCAUUGGUCCGGCAGAUAAUUUUCAAGCCCGCAGUUGAAUGCUUACAAGUUUAUUCCAUUGCUGAACGGGACGAUUGGAGAAGAGAAAUCGUAAGGCUAAUCCAGCAGCAAGAGGCAGGAAUAACCCUCCGAACGGAGGAAUCAAAACAGGUUGCGAGGUAUGUCAUGGUGGGUGAAGAGCUAUACCGAAGAGGGUAUGUCACUCCAAUGUUAAAGUGUGUAUCCAAAGAUGAAUCUGAAUAUGUCAUGCAAGAGCUACAUGAAGGAAUAUGUGGUAGGCAUGGCGGCGGCCGUUCGUUAAGGGCCCGAGCGUUGCGAGCAGGAUUUUAUUGGCCAACAAUGGAGAAGGAUUGCCAAGCCUUUGUUGUCAAAUGUUUGGCUUGCCAAAAACAUGGGAACAUCAUUCACACACCAGCAGCGGCACUUUCGGCCAUAGUAUCUCCAUGGCCCUUUACUCAGUGGGGAAUGGACAUAGUAGGACCAUUUCCAACCGGUCGUUCCCAGUUCAAAUUUCUCUUAGUCGCAAUUGACUAUUUUACCAAAUGGGUGGAAGCUGAGCCGCUAGCUAAAAUAUCAGCUUCUUAG